GUAAUUGUAAACUAUUUUUGUUUCUAGCAACUUUAUUUUAAAAUUGUCAAGAGACCAUCUCUUCCGGUCUUUUACUCCUCCGUGGCAUGGCGGAUGGUCUUUCCGCCGCGUAUAGUGUGUAAUUGGAGGAAUAACUUCGCUCAUAUAGCGAAAUGAGUCUAUCGGUAGCCCGGCCGUUAGUGUCGGUGUACACAGAGAAGAGUGAGAAGGUAGCAGACGCAAACAUCCCUCUGCCGUUUGUUUUCAAGGCCCCGAUCCGACCGGACCUUGUCAACGAUGUUCAUGUGUCUAUGAGCAAGAAUUCUAGGCAACCCUACAGUGUGAGCAAGGAAGCCGGUCAUCAAACCAGUGCGGAGUCAUGGGGAACAGGUCGCGCCGUCGCCCGUAUACCCCGUGUCCGCGGCGGUGGUACUCAUAGGUCCGGCCAGGGUGCCUUCGGCAACAUGUGUCGUGGCGGCCGUAUGUUCGCGCCGACCAAGCCCUGGCGCCGUUGGCACCGUCGCGUCAAUCUCCGCCAGCGACGGGCUGCAGCGGCCGCAGCUGUUGCCGCGGCUGGUGUCCCAGCACUGGUUCAGGCCAGAGGUCACAUCAUUGAGAAAGUGCCAGAAUUCCCGCUCGUAGUGGCAGAUUCUGUCCAAGCCAUUGAGAAGACAAAACAGGCUGUUAUCUUCCUAAGAAGAGUAAAGGCUUGGUCCGAUGUGCUCAAGGUAUACAAAUCUCAACGUCUCCGUGCCGGCAAGGGGAAGAUGCGCAACCGACGCAAACUGCAACGAAAAGGACCUCUGAUCGUUUACCACAAGGACCAAGGUCUAUCCAAAGCUUUCCGUAACAUCCCCGGAGUGGAGACCAUCAGUGUCAACAAACUGAAUCUGCUGAAGCUGGCUCCGGGAGGUCACAUUGGACGCUUCAUCAUCUGGACUAAGAGCGCCUUCGAGAGGCUCGACCCACUGUUCGGUUCCUGGAAGACACCAUCCAAGCUCAAGAAGGGCUUCAACCUGCCGCAGCCCAAGAUGGCCAACACCGACCUGUCCCGCUUGCUCAAGUGCGACGAGAUCAGGAAGGUGCUGCGCGCUCCCAACAAGCGGGUCGUCCGAGCUCCUCGCAAGCUGAACCCUCUCAGCAAUGCUCGCGCUAUGCUGAGACUCAAUCCCUAUGCGGCCGUUCUCAAGAGGAAGGCCGUCUUGGACCAGAACAAACGCAACGAUGCCAGGGCUCUGGCUCUGGCCGAGAAGAGAGGGAUCUCCCUCCCAUCCUCGGACCCGGCGGUGAGGGCUCGGCGUCUCCGCGAGAGGAGGGCCAAGAGUCUGAAGCUGGCGGCCGCCAAGGCCCCCAAGAAGAAGGUGGAGAAGAAGACGCCCCCCCCGCCCAAGAAGAAGGCGGACAAGAAGGAGAAGGCCAAGAAGUGAUGAGAAAUAUACAUUGUGACUAA